GAAGGUUUACUAGCCUGUAUGUAUCUAUAUUCAUUGUAGUUUCUAUAAUAUAUAUAAUUUUUUUAAGAAGUUUAAUUAUAUAGUAAUUAAGAGAUCUGUCUUUAAAAUUAUUUAAUAGUAUAUUAGAAAUUUAUUAAGAAUUAUUUUUUCUAUAAUAUACUGCGAAUUUCAUCAAUUUUUAUUUUAUUAUUUGAAAGAUGGCACUAACCAACAUUUUACUUCUUAGUCAAAUAUCUGGAUAUGUCGUAGCUCUUGUUUUAUCACUUUGUAUUAUUAUACCAAUGAGUUUACAUGAAGAUGAAUUUAGAGGACAUUGUCUAUUAUUUUCAACAGGAACUUGGCAAGAAUCAGAUGGUCAAUUUAUAGUAAAUUGGGCUUCACAAGCUUAUUGUAAUUAUACAAUAUUUGUUGGUUUGAUAUUAUUAUUAACAUCAGCAAUACAAAUUUAUCGACUUUCUUUACUUAUGUAUCGUGGAGAAGACAGCUCCUUUUUAUCUGCAUUCAUAGAUGUUGUUAGUUCAAUAUUUCUCACAACAAUAACUUUAAUUGCUGCAAUUAUUAUUACACUUGGAUUUAUGACUUGGUGUCAAUGUAUGACUAAAAGAUUUCCAUCUUGUGAAUUAGCAGCUGGGAAUGAUAUUGAUAAAGCUGAUGGUAUAGAUACAUCUGGUUUUCAUAUUGAAUUGGGUGCAGUUCAAUUUGGUACUUGGACGAGUUUAUCUAUUUGGGUUGGUCUAUCAGUGUUUGCAGUAUUAAAAUUAUUGCGAUAUCAUCAAUUAGAAAAUAUGAAAGUUUCAAUGUACAGAGAAAGACAAAGAUUAAUAGAGGCAGCUAGAAAUAAUGAAAUACAAGAAUCAACUUAAAAAUAUGAUUAUGUGACAUAUUUAAACUUUAAAAUAAUAUUUUAUUCUUACUUUUUAGAAAAAUAUUUAUAUUCAAUGAAAUUAAUUUUAAACGCACACUUUGUAAUUAAUAUGACUUAAUAUGAUUACUAGUCUAUUAAAAAAAAUUGAAAAAUUAUAUUUAUCAAAAUUAAGAAAUUAAGAAAUUAUAGUGUUGAAUUGAAUAUAAUUUGUGAUUAAAAGAAAUAAUUUAUUGUAUACAUUUUUAUCUUUAUACAUAUCAAGACUGUAUAAAACUACAAUUUAUAGUCUAUAACUAGUAUAGUUAUCUAACAUAGUAUUAGAAUUUAAAUUCAGUAUCUUUAAUUUAAAAUUAAUAUAUAUUUAAUUUAAAUAAUAUUAAUGAUAUAUAUUUAAUAUAAUAUUUUAUUAUAUUAGUGUAUAAUAUUUUUAUCUAAUUGUAUAUAAUAUGUCAGAACAAUAUAAAUUAUAAUAGUUAUACAUUUAUAAAAAAAAUAUAUUAAAAAAUAUAGCAUAAUGAUGUAAAUUGAUAUUAUGAUUAUAGAUAUUUGAAAUCACAUCUUAUGAAUAUGCAAAAUAAAAAUUUUAUGUUAUAAGCAAAUAUAAAUAUAAUAAUAACUCAUAAAUAUAAUAAUAAUAAUAUUUUGUAAAUAUGUUAAUACAUUAUUAUAUCAUUAUUAUAAAAGUAUAUCAAAAUUUAUUAUAUAAAAAAACUCAAAUGAAUAAAUAUCUUUUUAUAUAAAAAAUAAAAA